AUGUGGAUUCACGGCUCUCCUGGUAGUUCUGUUUCUGACAUGCAUGGUGCUGCUGGCUCUGCUAACAGCAGUGCUCCUGAUGCAGCUGUCCCUGCCGCCACCUCUCUCAACACUUGGAUUCAUGGCUCUCCUGGUAGUUCUGUUUUUGACAUGCGUGCUGCUGCUGGCUCUGCUGGCAGUGCUCCUCCUGCUGCUGUCCCUGCAACUGCAGCCAGCUCUGCUGCUGCUGCUGCUGCUGCUGCUGCUGCUGCUGCUGCUGCUGCUGCUGCUGCUGCUGCUGCUGCUGCUGCUGCUGCUGCUGCUGCAGUUGCCCCUGCACUUGCAGGGAACGUUUCUGUGACCGCUGUUGGUGGGAAUUUGGCAAGGAAUGGGAGAGUGGGAGAUGAGCCAGCUGCAACAGGAGCAGCAGCAGCUGGGGCAGAGGCUGAGGAGACAAGUGAGGGGUCAGUGGAAGGAUUGGAGGGAGAUGGUGGAGGGGAAGGGGGAGAAGAAGGGGCUGGGGGGGAGGAAGAGGAAGGUGAUGAGGAUGAGGAGUUGAGGAUGAUGGAGAAUGACUAUGAACAGCAGUGUUACAUUCGUGAGACCGUGUUUGCAUUCAAAGAGCUGCUGUUGCCUGUGCCUGGUGAUGAGGAGGAGGAGUUGAGGACGAUGGAGAAUGACUAUGAAUGGCAGGUAGGUGCGCUUGAAUUCAUUGCUUCCCCUACCUUUUCCCCACCUGCACUCCCCUGCCCCUCUUCACCCGUUCUCCUUCCCCCCCGCCUGCCCCCCCAUCAGGUGCAGCAGGCGGAGGAAAGAGCCCUGUGGUGGCGCCACGCAACCAUAGAGCUCGCCUCCCGGAUACUGCACUGCACCGCUCUGCACCCCUCUGCACCGCACUCUCCCAGUACUGCUCACACCAGUGCUGCAGCUGCCCCUGGUGGUUCCAAAACCCUUGCCAGCCUUACCCGGGCGUCCGAAUCCACUUUAGAUAUUGCUUCUGGUUCCAAAGGUCUUGCUGCUGAAUCAGUGUUACUCGAGAGCAGCAGCCAUGAUGUCAUGUCUUAG